CCCCGGUCGCCGUGGUCGCUUAGCGUCCGGCGGGCGGGCGGCCGGCCGGGCGGGCGGUCCUCUCUGCCCGUAGCCCACCCCCCCUCUUAAAGCCGCGGCGGGAAGAUGAGGUUUCGGGAGCCGCUCCUGGGCGGCAGCGCGGCGAUGCCCGGCGCGACGCUGCAGCGGGCCUGCCGCCUGCUCGUGGCCGUCUGCGCGCUGCACCUCGGCGUCACCCUCGUCUACUACCUGGCCGGCCGCGACCUGAGCCGCCUGCCCCAGCUGGUCGGGGUCUCCACGUCGCCGCAGGGCGGCUCGAACGGCGCCCCCGUCGGCGCGCAGCCCUCCGGGGAGCCCCGCUCCCGGGGGCCCCGGCCGCCGCCGCCUCUAGGCGUCUCCUCAGAGCCUCGGUCGAGCCGCGACUCCAGCCCCGCCAGCAACUUGACUUCGGGGUCCCCCGCCGCUGCGCGGUCGCUGCCCGCUUGCCCCGAGGAGUCUCCGCUGCUCAUUGGCCCCAUGAUGAUUCAGUUUAAUUUUCCUGUGGAUCUGGAUCUUUUGGCAAAACAGAACCCUGAGGUGAAGAUGGGUGGCCGUCACAAACCCAAAGACUGCAUCUCUCCUCAUAAGGUGGCUAUCAUUAUUCCAUUCCGCAAUCGGCAGGAGCACCUCAGAUAUUGGUUGUAUUACUUGCACCCAAUUCUGCAGCGUCAGCAGUUGGACUAUGGCAUCUAUGUUAUCAACCAGGCUGGAGACACCAUUUUCAAUCGUGCUAAGCUCCUCAAUAUUGGCUUUCGAGAGGCCUUGAAGGACUAUGACUACAACUGCUUUGUGUUUAGUGAUGUCGACCUCAUUCCUAUGGAUGAUCAUAACACUUAUAGGUGUUUCUCACAGCCACGGCACAUUUCUGUUGCAAUGGACAAAUUUGGAUUUAGCCUACCUUAUGUUCAGUAUUUUGGCGGUGUCUCUGCUCUAAGUAAACAACAAUUUCUUACCAUCAAUGGAUUUCCUAAUAAUUAUUGGGGCUGGGGAGGAGAAGAUGAUGACAUUUUUAACAGAUUAGUUUUUAAAGGUAUGUCUAUAUCUCGCCCAAAUGCUGUUGUUGGGAAGUGUCGUAUGAUCCGCCACUCAAGAGACAAGAAAAAUGAACCAAAUCCUCAGAGGUUUGAUCGAAUUGCACACACAAAAGAAACCAUGCGCACUGAUGGUUUGAACUCACUUACCUACAAGGUGUUGGACAUACAAAGAUACCCAUUGUAUACCCAAAUCACAGUGGACAUCGGGACACCGAGCUAGCACUUUGGUACAAAUAAGAGACCUGAAAAUGGCCAGGGACCUCUGUUGUGUGUCUCUGCCAGUCUGCUGGGCUGGUCCCUCUCAUUUGUACAAUCUGAGUCAUAGGUCCCCUCACUCAUCAGCAGAUACUUUUCCAGAUGACCAGAAGAGUGGAAUAUUUUGCCCCCCACUUGGCUCGACACAUGACUUAGUUCUACAGGGUGUUUGUCGGUGUGAAAACUAUCCACCUUUGGAGGCCUCUUGGCAUGGCAUGGUAUCACCCAAGGAGUUAGUAUUUUACACGGCUCAAAAUUUGGUGACUUGUGGAAUUCAUUCCCACUGUUAAGUUUCUAAAUUGUGAAAUGGGUAAGAAGCUGGCUUUUAAUUGUAUUCUUUUCAACUUCAUGAAAAAUUGGAUAGUACUGCUGAAUUUAGAUUGGUAUGCUGUUUUUGGUUAUCCUAUUUUAAACAGAAAAAAAAAACAACCCACAAAAUUUCAAUCAGUUUCCUGUCCCUCUCUACCGUUUUUUUCCCUAGUGGUAUGCAACUAUUACAAUUAUUGUAAUAGUGUGUGUUUUCAGCAAAAGAAUAUCUUAAAACUUGAGCCUUGAACCUUUUGUCCUGCUAAUGUAUGAAUUCCAAGGCAAGUUUUAGCCCUGGAGCACAAACCUAGUGUGUUUUCACUUAUUGUGCCUAUCUCCAGAUUGAUUGAUUUCUGAAUGUAAAGAUUCUUUUUUUUAAAGAAGCAGUGUGUAGUAUUUUAAAGAACAAAUCAAGUUCUAAUUAUGAUACAGCUUGAUUUUGUGUUGAUCCAAAUUUUCAUAGUUGUUUGUCAUUAAGUCAUGACAAUUUAUUUUUCUGGGCAUGCUAUGUAAACUUGAAUUUCCUAUGUAUUUUUAUUGUGGUAUUUUAAAUAUGGGAAGGGGUUUGAGUUUUGUUUUUUUUUUUUUAGGGGGAAAAUAUAAUGUAUGCUGUAGUGGCCACAAGUGGGCCUCUGAUUUAGCUGGCAGGCCAGGAUUUAUGAAGAGCAAAACCACCUUUGUGUCCCCUGGCCAGGGCAAGGCUUUCCAGUCAGCAUUAUCCUGCCAGAUCUUUGGGGCAGAGACUUGGGAGAGAGCCUCUGUCUACCAGACAUAACUACCCACCUUUCCUAGGUGGGCAGGGCAGAGGGAACCUCAGCCUCCUGGAACUGACCCUUCAGGGCUCUAGGUUGUGUGGUUCUAAAUAACAGUACAGCUUGUAUGUUUACCAUCCCUUAGCACCUUCUGUUCUGGCUGGUACUGCCUUCCUCCCAAGAGCCUCUGAACCACCCUUCCUAGCCCAUCCUGUUUUACCAGUUCUUCACCUAUUCUUCUCUGGCCUGCCUGUCUGUCUGCUCCCUUCUUUCCCCACAGGUUUUGUUCUUUUGCCUCUUGGCUGUUUUCUAAAACUUGCCUGUGACACUCAGGGUAAAACUGACUAUUCGUUCUCAGCCUUUUAACCAGAGAUCUGGAGAGUUCAGCUAAACCAACAGCCAACUCUUCCUGAGAAUUCUGGUACCUAAAGCCUCCCAUCCCUCUCAGGGUUUUAGCAGGUGCUGCACCUGGUGAUGGUACCCACCAACCCCCAGGGCUUUCAUUCACAAACCCAUUUCUGCAGGGGGAUGGGUAAGCUGCCUGGGGUGAGAUGGCAGGGGCACUUCUAACACAGAGGCCAUUGCCAGGUCCAGCCUGGGCUGAAGGCCUAAGAUUCAGCCUCUUAAUCCCAAGAGUUGAACCUUUUGCUUUUGGCAGACAGGAUCCCAACCACUGCCCUCAUGGGUACCAGCCCUGAGUGUGCAGGCUGAAUGUUACCUGGCCCUAAUCCUACCCGUGCCUUUAUUGCUUUGAGCAUCUCCAAUGCCAACUUGGUUCUGUUUCCAGAAGCCUUUGUAUUGAUUAGCAACUAUCUUCCUCUGAAGAAACACCAAUUCCAACCUUUCAACAAUGCUAUUAAGACAGGCUGCACUUGACAAAAGUUUUGGGAAAUGCAAAGGCCUUUCUUCCUGUUCCCAGACCCUGACUGUUCCAAAGUGCCUUAAAGAAAGGAGAUAAAUGCCCUGAGUGAUAACUUUUUGUUACCUCCUUUACUAUUAAAAUUCUGCCUUUCCCCCCCUCUCCCCCAUAGCAUUUUCUUCUGUAUUUUAUAUAAUUCAUUCUCGGGACCAAGGGAAAUUCUGCUUUGCCUGUAUCCCCGACUUUGCAGACCCAUCAAGUGCUCUCAGGGUUCUUCUUCCUCCAGGCCCAAGGCUCAACCAGGGCAGGGUUUGGUCUGGAUGCUUCAUCUGUGAGAUGCUUUGGUCUAUUUCCUCACUGGGGAUUUGAGAGCUGAGGAUUCAGGGAGCAUUUCCUUCACCUGGAGUUACGACCAGGUGUUGUCAUAUGCUGUGCCUUUCUCUUUCUGUCCUGUUGCUAGUAACCUGUGUGAAGUGACCUUUUGGGAAGAUCAGUGGGAGAGGUGGUGACACAGGAAAGAAAAUGCUGUUCUCACCUUCAGCCUGGGAAGGGUGCUCCACACAGCCAGGAUUACAAACUUUACUAUUCUGAAGACCUGAUAUGCUGUGUAUUUUGGUUUUCCAUGUAUGCAAAUAUGUGUAUUUACUGGGGAGGGGGGGAGGAUUCUGACCCUGGCGUUCAGAACAAACAACUGUAUUUUUGCCUUUGAAAUCCAGUAAUCUAACGUGAAUAAAUGACCCUAUCUUUGUAAC